AUGUCUCGGCGAAAGCAAGCCAAGCCCCAGCAUCUCAGAUCGGACGAGGAGCUGCAAGCCGAGGUGCUUUCGGAGCAGGGUAAGCCGGAGGGCGCAGCAGCCCCGGGGCUAGGGAGGGCUGGAGUGGAGGGCUGUGCGCUUCCUGAUCCUGCGCUUGCUUCUGGGAGAGCUCAGCGGAGAAACGAUGCCGCCCGCCCCCCUCCUUGGGAAGCGUGAGGCGGCAGAAAGUGCAGCCGGCGUCGGGCAGGAAAGUUCAGCCGCUCGGCCCAAGUUUCUUCCGGCUUCCCUCCCUCCCUCCCUCCGCCUCCACCUUGCCGAGCUUCCCUCCCUUCGCGCGAAGCCCUGGCUGGCCCUGUUGCGUGCGCCCGGCCGCUUGCAUUAUGGCUGGGCUUCGGAGGGAGACACUUCGACGGGGGUGGGGGGGGCGAACGGGCAGAGUCCCCCACGCCCAGCCCAGGCUCGCCUUCUCGGGCUUCACGAUGUGGAGUUUGGGACGGAAGAAACCCAGCCGCUUUCUCCAAAGCGAAAAGUUAAUAAGAGCUUUUUUCACCCCGUUUCGACCAACCGCCGAGGCUGCAAACUACAGACUUUGGGCUCCGCUGGUGUAACCGCCCGGAAGCGGCCCUGACGGCGGCGGCAGCUGUCGCGUCCCCCUUGGCAACAAAUAAACCCCCACGAGGCCUCUGUGUGUGUAUGGAGGGGGAGGGGGGGACAACCCCAUCUCCCCCCCCCGGUCCUAACCGUGUUUUACUCUGAAGUAAGCCCCUCAGUUUUCCCCCCCUGGCCCUUGGGAACUGGUGGGCGAGAGGGGGCUUCGUCGAGGCCCCCGAGGCUCCUCCCUCCGACGCCCAGAGAAGGUGGCCAGGCCGAGGGCUUGGGAGAAGAUCGCUAUCUGCGCCUAUGACUUCCUGCGGCUUCCUUCAAAGGAACAGGCCGCGGCGAGAGGGGCGGGUGGCGGUGGUGGUUCCUUUCUGGAGAGGGUCAAAGGGAGAAGAUGUCUCUCCUGGGCGUGAGGGAGGCAGGCCUGAGGUGGAUCAGUUGCCUGCCCUCAGGGCCAGAGCUUAGGUCUCUACUCCCGCCUUCCCUUCCCUUGCCAUCUCUAUUGCCAGGAAGGUGCCCAUGGCGUCGAGGUUGGAGUAGGAAUUGCCAUCUUCUUUUCCCCUUCCUCACAAGGUUGAAAAAGGGGUUUUUUGGGGGGCCCCUGCGUGCCAAAGGGCGCUCUCAGCCUUGCCCAAAGUGCUAGUGAAACAAGUAGCCUCCGAUUUCCAAAUCUCUGUGGUUUGCAGCUGGUCAAACUUAUUUUCUUGAGCUGUCAUUUCCGAAUGUGUUAGGAUCACUUUGUAACUAUAUUCACCGUGUGGCAUUUAAAAAAUUUGCCACUUCUUUUUUUCUUCUGGAGGGGAAGACAAAAUCCACUAGGAAGUUUUUCAUCCUUUCCCUCAUAAAGUUAUCGCCUACAUUUCCAGCGUAAUCAGGAAAAAUCGUGGUUGGAAAUAAAUUUCUUCCCCUCCCUGCUGAUCAAUAAUUACUUCAUCCAGCCUUCUUCCUUUUUAUUUUGCCCAAGAAAAAGCACAUAUUGGAAAAGGAGUUUGUUCUGAGGGGGAAGAAGAAGUUGGCAACAAAGGAUUUUUCACUAUUUUAAAUAAACUUUGCAGCCUUUAAGCUUAGGGCAGUGUGGCUUGGUUUCGUAAGCACAUGCUAGAUUGCCAAAUGCUCAGGGCUCCCAUUCCUAUCACCUCCUUUUCCUAAAAGGACUCCAAAAACAGAAGUGGAAGGGGUUGGCUGCUGCAGCUAGUAAUGUGAAAAGCUUCUUGGGUAAUGGCAAUAAUGGAUAGGCAGCGAAACAAGUUCCCUGGGUCACAGCAGAAGUAUAAAAUUACACAUUUCUUGUUUUGUUAUUAACACUUCCUUUGGUUUCAAAAUACUUCAAUGUAGGCAAAUCAGCAUUUCUUUAAUAAAUAUAGAGCAUUGUUAUUUAAAUCUGUAGUGGUUUGGGAGGGUCCUUGGUUUAAGAAUUUAGACAACAUUGAAUAUUUAAAAAAGUUAACGAGGGGGGAAAAGUGCCUCAUUAUGGUACUUCUGGUGAGUUAAUAAAUUGAAGAAAAUUGUUCAGCUUGGAGGGUUUUUCUUUUGGGAGGGGGGUGUUGCUUAGCAUCUCUUAUCUAUGUAGCCAUGUCACCCAAGAUUAGAACAGGAGAUAUGCUAAAAAGAAACGCUUGCAUAUGGUGUGUAGAUUAAGAACAAAGAAUCUUUUUGUCAUGGAAAUGUUUUUUUCUCUUUUUUUCUUUUUUGGGGUUUUGUUUUGUUUACUUCAUCACAUAGAAUUUCUCACACUUGGUUUGUUUUGUAUUGCCCUCAAUGACUACAUGAUCAAAUGAAUGGAUUUAUUUCUGCCGAAUGAGAAAGACAGUCUUUCCAUCAAAAGGACUACAUUGCAUCCCAGUGAGGAAUUUUAAAAGCGUUAUUAUUGUGGUCCUUGAAUAGCUCAAAAUCGGCUUUCACAGCAGCCCUUAAAAUGCAACAAUGUAAAUACUUCUCUGCUUUAGAAUGUUGUAAUCAGAAUGUUCUAUGUCCCUUUUUAAUAUAUCUUAAUUCAUAGAGUAAAACAUUAUUGUAAGGGAUUAGUAAGGCGCUGAAGUGGUCCUGCUUGCAUGUUGCACUUUCAUUUUCAGAAACAUGAAUAUAGGGAGGUAUAUAAACUGCUGUAUGUUUAGGAACAUGAGUUUGGUGCUCAUCAUUUACACAUUUUACAAUUAAGUAUUUUUCCUCUUUAAAGGCUCAUAAGAGUUCAAACGUAUCUUAUAAAGUCAGCUCUCAUCAUUGUAGUUUACAGUUAAAGUCAAGGCAUUGCCACAGUUUCUGGCUCUUGUUUUGCAACAGGCCAAAAGCUAGCUCUCACCAUUUAUAGCACACAAAAAGAACACUUGCAGCAUUUCCCCCCCGCCCCCAAAAAAUACUCUAUAAUCUAAAUAUAUUUCAACCUUCAUUCUCAUUAGUAUUUUUAACUACUUAGUCUUUUAUAUAACAUAACUGCUUAAUCUGCUGCUAAGUCUAUAAAGCUUGCCUGAAUCAUAUGUGUAUGUGUGUAUAUAUAUAUACACACACACAUACAUACACACACACAUACAUAGAAUCACAUUUAAUGUUGCAUUUGAGGACUACUUUCAUUAAGGAAAGCUAUUAAGGGUUAAUGCUCCUUUUUUCUGGCAGAUAUUAUGUUACACAGUAGCAAAAAGAAACCUGACAGUUUGACAGAGUGGAAGAUAAACAUUAGGCCAUAUUUAAAGUUAUACGAAGGCCAGUCAAUUUAGGUGGCAGUGUUACAAUAGGAAGUUUUAGCAAUACAAUAAAUAAUUGUUGAAGUCAGCUUGAACUACAGUGCAGUGCAACUUUAUUUCACGAAGCAGAGCAUUCUCAGAAGUAUGAAAACCACUCGGAAUAUCGCAAAGUGAUAUUUUGAAACGUUUGUUGUGGGAAAGAUAGUUUUGGCAAUUUGCAGAAUGAAUGCUUGCAUGCAGCGAUUAAUUAGAAUCUGUAUAGCGGUUUAUGCUGACAAGUAGUGAAUGAAAGGUAUUUAUGCACUAAACGUUUUAAAGGAUGCCAUAUUGAAAGAAAUGGUCAUUAUAAAGAGUAGCACAAUAACUGAAGGAGUUGUUAUAAAACCCAAUAUGGUGAAUUUGCUGUUCUCUAUGCUGAAUGAGUUUAAUCUCAAAUAUCAGGAGACUUUACAUCCCCAGUUAAAUGAUUAUCUCUAAAUCAACAGAUUACUAGCAUUACAGAACAGUCUUGUUUUGUUACAGCAAAUGGGAAUGUUGCACACACUUUAACCCAAAUGCAGUGACAAUGUUGAAGAGGGGGAACCCUAAGCGUAUUCUAGUGGAUGAUAACUGAUCAGAGAUGGCCUUAAAAAUAAUUAUUAGAAGAAAUUUUGAGAAUGUAUUUUGUACCUUUCAAGGUAACAGUAAUUAUUGCUUAGCUUACGUUUAUUAGGAACCAACUCUUACAGUAAUGUUACAUGGCUAACAGAAAUAAAUUUGUAUUGUGCUGUUUAUAUAUAUUUGUCAUACAUUGAUAUUAAUGCUCUUGAAAUUCUGCUCAUAAUUUUGAUACAUUUGAAAUAAAUAUAGUAAUAUAUAUGUCCAGACAGGCAUACCUUUAGUAAUAUAAAUAUUUUGGCUCACUUCAGUACUGUAUUAGACAUUUGGGGAUGUUGUUUUUUCUUGCCCUCAGUUCAUUGUAAUAUAGCCAGUUAUUUUGUAGAUGUGGGUCUGUAGCAUACUUGCUAAUGUCCAUUAAAAUUAUGUAAUAAAGAAGUGUGGGUAUUACAUUAUACUAUUCUGUAACAUGUAAUACUCUUAAGAGCAUUAGAAGUAACAGUAAGCCCUGAAUUAAAUAUGAAAUUGUGUGACUUUUUCCAAGCUUUCUACUUCAAAUAAUAAUUAGGUCAUUGGUUGGUUUGUUUUCCAGUUUAAAAAUAAGCCUUUACAAGAUUUGCUGAUUAACUGUUGGCAUGAGGAAAGACAAUUAACUUAUUUUGCUUGUACUUGUAGGCUUAUAGAUGGCUGCAUUAUAAUAAUGUCAUUGCUAUUUUAUAUCUAUUCAAAGACCCCUUGAAAAGCAUGGUUUAAUAGCAGAAAUUAAUUUUACUAGUUUAUUAUUUUAGUAUGCAAAUGAUAAAGCAGACUAAAAAGUCUCAAAUUCUUUUGUGUUAUUAAUCCCAGAUAUGCCUCCUUAAGGAGGCAGUGAAACAUAUGCCUUUUAUGAAUAAAAAACAUUUAAUUUUAUUUGAAAAAUCAUUACAAUCAGCUCUGUGCAAUUAAUAUAAGCUAGAUGUUCAUAUUUGAAUGCUGAUCACUUUUCUAGCCAAAAUGUUGUUUUUUUAAGGAUCAUAUAUAUUCUUAAAGCAGCUUCUUAUAGUUUCUUAAUACAUUAAUAUUCUGAAAUUCGAAUCAGCCUAAAUAAAAUUGUGCGCGUCUUCCAUUUAAACAUAGGAUUUUAAGAUUUGGUUUGUUAACUGAAUGCCAAAACCACACUAGCAUGUCUAGCAAGCAUUUUUUUAAAAAAAAUAAGGGCAGGAUCCAAUCCAUUCAGCUUUGGAUAAUAAAACAGAUGUGCUAGGAUGUUGAAUAGUUUCUGUCAUAUUUUGAACUAUAUAUAAUAGGAGGUGAAAAAUUGAAAACACUGAAAUGAUACAUUUUAAGUGCAAAAUAACACAGCAUGCUUUUACAAAUAGUAAAGGUUUAGUUAGAAAUAGCUUCAAGAGUAAGCAAUAGAUAGAUUCAAAAUUAUUCUCACCUAAUAGUGCAAAAUGUCUGCUGCAAUUACAUUUUUAUAUGAAUCAUUUCACUUCUUUUACUUUACUUUAAAUAUUUGUAUUCAGUAAGUAGUUUGGAUGGAGUUUUUGAGAGUGCUUUCUAGGAAAAUGAACUUAAGCAGUGGAAAGGACACGAGCUGUGCAUACAUAGUCACCUCCUAAACUUGUUUGAGAGUAGACCAGUUGAGAUCCAUGGGGUUUUUUUAAUCAUAGAGCAAGUGCUGGAUAGUUGCCAAAGGCAGUGACAAGUCAUGUCACACAAGUACCGUAGAAAAUAUAAAAUAUCAAUGGUUCUUUUUGUAAAAUAAAAAUACUUCAUCAUCAAAGAAUACCAUACUGUGGGUGCUUCUUUUGUCUAAUUCUGAAUGAAUAUGGCAGCAAUACCUAAGCAGAACUCAAAAGCAGUUCUUGUAAAAAAGUUUUGACUGCUGAGCUAAGGAUAGAACAAUAUGCACCGAUGAGAGACAAUAAGAGGUCUGCAUAUUUUGCAAAGGAAUGCUUUCCUUCUCCUUGUGUUGAAGAUGUAGAUAUGUUAUGUUUAGCAUUCGAGACCACCCCCAUUAUCUGUUUUCCGUGCUUUGGUGCUGAGUGUAUUACAGAGUCUUUUUUUGUUCGUUGUCGGUGAAAAGGUGGGAUUGCGUGGAGUGCCAGCAAGCUUUCUGAUGGACUCUCCCUGAGGGUGGGUAGUUAGAAGUGCUUUGACAAGGUUUGCUGAUUUAACCUUUGCCUGCUUUGCCCUGCCAGGGGUGGCCACUAGAUGUCAAGCUCAUAAUACAAUUAGUACAUCUGUGCAGUUGACCUUGGCAGCGCGGCUUACCACUUGUUCUGUUAAGUGUUAACACCGACUCUGAGUGUUAACUAGAGAUCCGUCUGAGUUUUUGCUACAUUCUGUGCAGCUUAUCAAAUGCCCCAUCUAGUUCGACACAAGUGUUUACAGUUCUAAAGAAGUGGGGGGGGGCGAGCCUUGUUUUAUGUAGCUUUGAAUUCCUUAAUUAACCUUGCCAGAGCUGAUGCAGUUUUAUUUUGCUUAAUCGAAGCGACUUUGUUGGUCAUCCAUCUCACUUUCUAUGCAUAUUAAUGUUUCACAAGGAUGAUGGCAACUGACCCAAUUGGUUUGUUAGUGGUUAUAUUACUUUAUUUAUAUAGAAUAGUUAUCUGUGGAGAGCUAGAUCGGUGAGAUACCGUUAUAUUUCAAGGCUGGAGUUCAGGCCUGAUAUUGCAACCAUGCACUUAUGCAAAUAGCUACGAUGCUGUCAGCGUGGCAGGAGUAGAUAUGUUUCUACAGAAGGUUCUAUGUUAUCAAACUGGUAUUCCGUUUCUCGUGCUCUCAAACUUGUAAGCGUCAAAAUGGGUUAGAUGUUAGCUUUUGUUUUCUGAACAGUAUCAGAAGCUGGAAAGUCACAUUAAAAAGUGAUCUCCUACAUUUUUUAGACUCCUGCUAUGCAGUAUUUAAUAAUUUGUCACUUGAUACACAUCAGCAAUUAAACCUUAAUGUUGUAUUAGCUCUUAAUAAAAGUUUGUGUCACCUGUGUUUGGGUACUGGAAACACGAGCUAGCUCGCAACGAAUUACAAAUCCUGGUAAAACUGAAUACGUGCAGUAUUUAAACUUCGCCAGAUCAUUCUGCAUCAUUGCUUUCCACCUGCUUCUAAAAAUACACUGCUAACAUUUUAAUAUAUGAUACUUACAGUUUUGCAGUUAGUCAAAACAAAACGUAAAGUGCUUGCUGUGUUCUUUAUAUGUGCAAAGAAAUGCCCUAGCCUAGUGGCUGGCUGAAUGUUGCAUUUGUUUUAAGCAGAAAGCAGUUAGUGACUGUGCCACAGGUGGCUGUUAAAUAGUGAAAUUUAGGCCACUGAAUAGAUAAAAAAAAGUAUACCGGGUCAACGCAAAGUUUUGCAUAGCAAGAGUGCCCUCCACUGUUCACAUUCAUAUUAUCAGUUUAUGUGGCCUGUGGAAAAAGGGUAGAAAUUUUUCUAUUGAGUGUGGAAUUUCUUCUACGUUGUUAAACACAGUAGGGGUCUCUAUUUGUCUCCUCCUGUUUCACAGCUUGGGAUCAGUAUGUGAUAAUUCAUCUUUCUUUAUGGGAUUCAAAGCUAUCAUAAAAAGAGUUAAAAAGAAUUAAUUUGAGAGAAAAUAAAAGUUAUUUUUUAAUGUGAUGUUUAUUUUAAGAGAUAACAUAGCUAAAGCGAAAGAGUAGUAUUAAUUAUCUAUAGUGAAUGAAUGAUAUUAGAUGUUGAUAGCUGUUCAGUUAAGGAACAUGCACAUUAAAAGAUAACUGAGCUUUUAUACUGACACAAAAUAGAUUUUGAUAAGUAAAGUUAUGUUUGAAAACACUGCGGAAAAAUACUUUGUCAUUCCGACGAUCUGAAUGUGUACAACCUGCCGAUCUUUACUUGAGUAGCCAUUGAGAAUCAGAAAGUUUAAUUAGUUGGAAAACUGGCUAAUAUCCAUAGUUUAAGGUAUAUUAUACUUGCAUGAGCCUGUUUUCCGUUUUAAAGCUUUUAUUUUCAUUGUAUCUUCAAGUUUGCUAGUAAGGAUUUUUUUCCUUUGGGGGAAAAUGAGUAUUUCAAAAUUAAUGUAAGAUUUUUCAUCAUUUGUAUGCUGAAUGGAUUCACUUUGUUGCAAUUCAUUUAUCACUUUGAAUAGUGUAGAAAUAAUGCAUAGUGAAUUGAACUUAAAUUAUCCUCUGAGUAGACUCACUGAGAUCGGUGGGUCUUAAGUUAGUCAUGACCAACUUAAGUCUCAUUGCUUGUGAAGCAUCUCCUCCAUGCAUUACCAUUUUUGAAUCCAUACCAAUGUUUCUGUAGUUCCUUGGUUUACAACUAACAGCAGGUGAAUAAGUCAUGUAAAGCUUAUUAAUGACAACAGUAAAAAUAUUUAUCAUACUACAAAAACAAAUUACCCUGUUGAUAACCAAUGCCCAUUGUGAAAUUGACAUAAAAGUUUAAGAUGCCGUGGGAAGCAAAAUUAGCAUUAAGAACAGGAUUUCCUCAGAGAAUACUAUUUUAAAUUGUACGUAAAUUGUCAUGGUCUGUGUAAAUGAUAAUUGUAAAGGGUCUUGUUUGCAAAAUUAGAAUACGGAGACAAAGCUUACUCAGAGUAGAAUAGUUUUCUGUGCCAUUUAUUUUAGGAAAUACAGGAACAUAAGCCGGACGGCCUUUCAUGCCUGUACACAUAAAAAUAUUUGAGAGCAGGUAGGGGAAUAAGAAAAAGCAAAGUUGGCUCUUGAGGGUAAGCGAGCGUUGUCCUCAAAAUUCAAACACUGCAUGGCCAGCAGCGGCAAGUAAAAGCAGGUGUGACAUUUGUACUACUCCCUGCAAAUAGUGCAUAUUUUAGGAUUUUGGUUCUUCUUUGUUCUUAACAUGUAGGAUUAUUCCUUAAUAAUGGGAAAGCAUACAGUCCCUGUUGCAUUUCUGUUAGGCCCUUCUGAUUCUAAUGGAGAACUUGUACUGCUUGCAAACUGCACAAAUACAGCUUGCUCUAGUAGAUGCUGGGACAUGGUGUGCUAAACCUCUUUGUACGCAGGGGGAAAUAUGCCAAAAUUGGGGGCACAUUGGCUCCCCCCUCUUCCUCCCUCCUUUCCUCCAUCUCUCAUCUCCCUCUUCAGAGAUGUAUAUGUUUCAUAUAGGAAUGAAUUGCUUUCUACCUAAACGUUUGACCCUUAAAGGCAAUUUGGUAGCUACUUAUAGUAGUAUUGCUCCAUGCAGGUAACUGGAAUUACUGGAGUACCAGUUUUCACUGACAUUCCCUGUCUAGAACCCGGUCCACAAUCCAGGCACACCUUAGAUUCUCAUUGGCUUUAAUCCAAAUAUUUUGACUGAACUAUGGCUGUGGAUUUGGCUGCGUAUGACAUGAAUACAGAUAUAUUCUCUCCACAUCAACUCGUUGAAUCUCUCACAUAGACCGAACCCAAACUAGUUUACAAUCAGAAUGUAAGAAACUUUCUCAGAAUAAGCUAAUCAAAAAUUUGAGAUGAAAUAGUGCACUGUAAAUUAACAGGUAAUUUCAAAAGUAUAUUCCUGUUAAUUGAAAUAGACAUCUUUUUGGCUUUUUUUAAAUAAAAAGAUAGGGUUGUGAGUACUGAAUAUGAUCAGAGUUUAAACUUGUCCUAGAGAGACAUGUAUAAGCAGCAUUUGAAUGUUUAAGGCAAAAAAUGUUGUUAUGGGCUAUUUCCAUCAAAGACACGAGCAAAUUCUUUUUAAAAUUGAUGGGAAAGGCUGGCUCCAUGGGGAUUUUGAUUUGAAUAAUCAAAAAGCAGGAGAAAAAACUAAUUACAAACUGCAUCACUGUGUAAUACAUUAUUGCAUUCUUUUAUUUCCUGUUCUAAAUUUUCAGAACCCUCAAUAUGCCCUGUUCUUUUCUUUUGUACAAUUUUUUUUGCAGAUGAUUGUUUCAGUGUAAAACAGUAUUUAUAGGUACGUCUCAAUGGAUUGACUAAAGAUACGUACUUUUAGAUGAUCGUGAAAUUCAUUAGAAUGUGCAGAGUAAGCUGCACAUUAUGAUUCUAAACCUUUAAUGAAAGUGAAUUCUGUUAACCUUUUGUAGAACGUAAGUAGGGAAUCCUUAGAAUCAUCUAAUUUCUAUAAACUGUCUGUGCUCCAAAAUCGAUGCACCUUUCCUGUUAGUGAGAUAUUAUGAAUCACGAGAAACAUUUCCAGUAUUAAGAGCUUACUUCAGAUGAAACUUUAAUAAAAAUCUUUUGAAAAUUAUGAUGAUUAUUAGAAGUAUUGUAAAAGCAGUUUAAAAAAAAUCAGUUUCAUUAUCUCUCAUUUUAAAUAGGCUUGAAGAAGCAUCUCUCAUUUUGGUGCCAGUAGACUAGAAAUUAAAAGGUAAAUACAGUCUCAGUAAUAAGAGCACAACAUGGAAUUUAGUUUUCCAUUCAUUUCCUAUUACCUAAGUGAUUGGGUCAAAGGUAAUCUGGAGAAAUAGUUGUAAAGUAUCAGCAUAUGGAUUUUAAUUUUGGAAAGAAAAAUAAUUCUUUCUCAGACUUCUGAAAAUAUUAUUUUAUCGCAUUGGUAAAAUACUAUUUUAUCACAUUGAUAUAUUAUUCCUCCACAAAACUUAAGGAUGUGUGCCUACAGCUCUUCCAAUUUAUCCUCAACAACCCUGUGAGGUAAGUUAGACUGAGGGAGAAAGAGUGACUUGUUGAAAGCUACCUUCUGUUCAGCUUUAUGGCGGAGCAGAAUUUAUGUUUACACCUCCCUCAUCCAACUCCGGUACUCUAAACCACUUUGGCUCUUUUAAAAAUGGCCAUAUGAAUUAGUUGCAACAUUCUCCUUUAAACACUAUCUGUACUUCAACCCUAAACACAUAUACUGGGAACUUACUCCGGUAUGCAUAUGUCUAACAUAAUAUAGAAUUAUGGUGACAAUAUGCUUCAGUUUAGACAUUGGACCAAACCUUGGUUUGUGCCUGUAGUUGAGAACCAUACAGUGGUGUGGAGCUGUUGCCUACUUUAAUUUGCUCAUCACUCCAGCCUCUAAGAGUAGUGACCUCUAGAGGUGGUUUUUCAAUCCAGACAUCACACCAAACCAUAGCUAGGGCAAAUCAUGAAGUGAAGCCCUAUUUCAUAUUCUUGUUUGUAGGCUAUUCUCAGGCUGUGGUUUGUUAAUUGCAACAUAACACCAGCCAUGGUUGAGCUUUCUUAACUAUGUAUCCAGGGUGGCAGGGGCUGAAUCUUUUAUCUUGUUCUCCAAACAUAAUAUGUAUGGACUUAUUGAACUGCCUUGGCCAUAUGUAUGGAUAUGAACUGUCACAUAUAUUUGGCUAAGAGUGGUCUGAGAAAGAAUUGGCCAUUUGCAAUAUAAGGGAUUCAAGCUUUUUCUGAUGUAUGACUGUGGAGUAAGUAACUUAGGGAACAAAAUGCUGGUUUAAAUUGCUAGUAAUCACUAUCCCCAAAUGUCCAUUUGUUGUGUGGCCCAGAAAACUAAACAGCGAAGUGUGCAGUUAUUUUCUCUGGCCUCCAUAGUCUCAUUACUUUAGAAAAACGAAAAAUAUGUAUGAAACAUAGACACUAGUACAGUAAUUGUAAAAAAGUUAAUAUGAAAAGUAAAUAUGUAUUAGAAUUGUAAGCUGAAGUAGAUCAGCCUCUGAGUACUAAUUCAUUCUCCUUUUCUUAAGCUUUAUAGUUAAUACUGUUUUUAAGCUUUUAUUAUCAUAGAAAGGAUAGUUUUCUGAGGCUUAAAUCUAAAAGUUCAGUGAAUAGGAUAAGGCUUGCAUGAACCUUCGCGACUUUACUAUGCUAUUGUGCACUGUUCUCUUGUUUUAUACUGAUGCCAUCAGUAGCAAAGGGCAGAAUCCAGUUUCACUUCAUACGUACAAAUUUGGUAAAUUAGUGUUAUAAAUAAGGCAGAGAUAGUGCUUAGGUUUUAAACAAAUAAAUUGUUUUACUUUUUAGUUCUAUGACAAUUUUACAAUAUACUGUACAGCUAGUAAACAACUUCGUUACUAUCACUGGUUCAUAUUCUAUACUUCUGUGAAGGCUCAUUUGUGUAGAUUCCGAUCUAUAAUGAUGUUUGCCUAGUCAGUUUAGAGAAAAUCAGCCCCCUCUCAUUUCUAAGAGAAAAGUAAUAGCAAUAGUAUCUGUUCCACAAUGAAGCUGAAGGACAAAUGCUACAUUUUAAUUAUCUGACACAAAAAUAUCCACAGCACUCGCCUUCUGGUGUUCUGUUUCUAAACACUUCUGCACUUCUUGUUUCAAAGCCGGUAUCAGUGACAUUAGGUGGUCUUAUUUAUUCCCAAGUAGAUACGUGGCAGACUGUUGAGUAUUUUCUAGGCUUCAAGGUUUUGCUAGUUUAAUUGUAAAAAGAUUUUGAUUUUUUAAGCGACUAAUCAGUUGGGGGAGCAAAAAAAAUUAAUUGGUAGGUCCAAGAGUUAGGACCCAACCUGUUUAUUUUAUGAGACAAUUUAGCUCUGGUAUGUUACUGCAAUAGCUCUGGUAUGUUGCUACUUGCUUUUGUUUGUAAAAUUGAGCAUUAUUUUACACUUUGCUCAGUGUUGAAUCUUUGGCAUUAUAUCAGCGUAAUCAAAUGUAAUCAAUAAAUUGGUUAAUGGCAGAUGACUAAUCAACGAAAAUAAAACGCUGUCUGUUGGGAGCCCUAAUUCCCACCCCCCUGAAUAUUAUUGCACUCAUAACAUCAAAAAGCGCCAAAAUUGCUUAUUUAAGUGCCAUGCAUUGUAGUUAUAUC